AUGCCGAUUUCUACCUCCGCCGCCACUCUCAACUUCACCGUCUCACCGUCGCGGUCCUUGUCUCUCCACCUCCACCCAGAUUCCGGCUCCUUAUUCUCGCCUCCGUCCGUCUCCUUCACCCCCAAAAUCUCUACGGCUGGCUCUCUUGUCCUGACUCCCAACAGCCGAUCCCUGUUCCUGGUCUUCUCGACCAAUGCCGCUGCCGCCGCCGCCGACAGCGAAAUCGAUGCCAAAUUAUCGACCGGCGGCGGAAAUGGGGGAAUCGGUGGCGGAAAUGGCGGCUCUGGCGGAGGCGGAGACCACAACGGCGGAAAUGAAGGGAAUGACGAUGAGAACAAGAAGAGGAACAAGGCCGAAGCUCUGAUGGCGUUGGCCGAGGCCGGGAGGAAUCUCGAGAGCUUGCCUAAGGAUUUGAGAGUUGCCAUUGAAGACGGAAGGAUACCCGGAUCGAUUGUUUUGAAGUAUUUCGAUCUUGAAAAAUCUGGGUUUUUGUCCUGGCUUAUGAGGUUUGGAGGAUUCAAGGAGAGGUUGUUGGCAGAUGAUCUCUUUUUGGCUAAAGUUGGCUUUGAAUGUGGUGUUGGAGUAUUCACCAAGACUGCCGCAGAAUAUCAGCGUCGCAAGGAAAACUUUUUCAAUGAGCUGGAAAUUGUAUUUGCUGAUGUGGUGAUGGCCAUAAUAGCAGAUUUUAUGCUCGUUUACCUUCCAGCCCCCACGGUUGCUCUCCGUCCCCCUCUUGCGCUCAACGCCGGUCGCUUUGCUAAGUUCUUCUACAGUUGUCCAGAUAACGCAUUUCAGAUUGCAUUGCCUGGAACUUCAUUUUCGUUGUUGCAGAGGAUAGGUGCUAUAGUGCGUAAUGGUGCAAAGCUGUUUGCUGUUGGCUCUACUUCUUCUUUGGUUGGUACGGUCGUGACAAAUGCAGUGAUAAAUGCUCGUAAAGCUGUUGAUCACUCUGCUGGGGACGAGGUGGAAAAUGUUCCUGUAAUAUCAACUAGUGUUGCCUAUGGUGUCUAUAUGGCCGUGUCGAGCAAUCUUCGAUACCAAGUGUUGGCUGGCGUUAUCGAGCAACGGCUUCUAGAACCGAUGCUUCAUCAGCACAAGUUGAUCCUGAGUGCUCUUUGCUUUGCUGUGCGAACGGGCAACACUUUCUUGGGUUCAUUAUUGUGGGUUGACUAUGCUCGUUUGAUAGGGAUCCAAUAG